GCUCCGCAAACCAGCAUCGACUCUCUCAAUUCCUGGCUCGAUGAAAACACCUUCUAUAGCGAAUCGGGAACAGAACUCAUCGGGAUGCAACGAAGAAGCAGCCGAGGCGUUAGUGGGUAUCCACUCCGAUUACCCCAGGUAUGAAAUGUAUAUGGAAGAACGAGCUCUUACUGGCGGUAAUACAUCGAGGAAGCCGUCAACGAUUUCAGCAAAACACAAACCCAACGUUGGAUACCGGCUUGGUAAAAGAAAAGCUUUAUUUGAGAAAAGAAAACGCAUUAGUGAUUAUGCGUUGGUAAUGGGCAUGUUCGGUAUAAUCGUUAUGGUGAUUGAAAACGAAUUAAGCAGUGCCGGCGUUUAUACAAAAGCUUCAUUUUACUCGACAGCGUUAAAAACGUUAAUAUCUGUUUCGACUGUGAUUCUUUUAGGUCUUAUUAUAGCUUACCAUGCUUUGGAAGUGCAGAAUUCAUUGUUCAUGAUAGACAAUUGUGCAGACGAUUGGCGGAUCGCAAUGACAUGGCAACGAAUUAGUCAGAUAAGUUUAGAACUUUUUAUAUGUGCAAUUCAUCCAAUUCCUGGCGAAUAUUAUUUCCAAUGGACCACAAAAUUGGCAAAUAAAAAUAAAACUAUGGGCACCGAAACGGUACCAUAUGAUGUGGCGUUAUCAUUACCCAUGUUCCUUCGGCUAUAUUUAAUAUGUCGGGUUAUGCUUCUUCAUUCGAAAUUAUUUACGGACGCAUCGUCACGAAGCAUAGGAGCCCUCAACAGAAUUAACUUUAAUACGAGAUUUGUUUUAAAGACUUUAAUGACAAUAUGUCCAGGAACGGUGCUACUCGUUUUCAUGGUAUCCCUAUGGAUUAUUGCUUCGUGGACUCUGCGGCAAUGUGAAAGGUUUCAUGACGAAGAACAUGCAAAUCUUUUGAAUGCAAUGUGGCUGAUAGCAAUAACAUUUUUAAGUGUCGGUUUCGGUGAUAUUGUACCAAAUACGUACUGUGGACGUGGCAUUGCCGUCAGUACAGGAAUAAUGGGUGCCGGUUGCACGGCCUUGCUUGUCGCGGUUGUUUCGAGAAAAUUGGAGCUCACCCGGGCUGAAAAGCAUGUUCACAACUUCAUGAUGGAUACACAACUAACGAAAAGGCUGAAAAAUGCAGCGGCAAAUGUUCUUCGUGAAACUUGGCUCAUUUACAAACAUACAAGACUAGUAAAACGGGUUAAUCCCGGACGUGUAAGAACCCACCAAAGAAAGUUCCUUCUAGCUAUAUACGCGUUACGAAAGGUUAAAAUGGAUCAACGAAAACUAAUGGAUAAUGCCAAUACAAUAACAGACAUGGCGAAGACUCAAAACACGGUCUACGAGAUCAUUUCGGACAUGUCGAGUCGUCAAGAUUCUAUUGAAGAGCGACUCACAAAUUUAGAGGACAAAUUGCAGUCAUUGCAGGAACAUUUAGAGAGCUUACCUGACGUAAUAUCUCGUUGUCUAACUCAACAUCAAGAAAGGAUAGAACAACGCAAGAACUUUCUACAUCCAGAUGCAGCAGCUACUUCAGUGCAGGCGUCACCACAGUCCCUGUUCAACGCAUCUCCGAUGUUAUUUCCCCACUCAAGAAGUGUUCCCUCAUCCAAUAAUGUUGCUGCAACAUACCAUUGGCCAACCAGUCCUAUUUUGCCACCUGUAUCUAGUAGAACUCCACAUUUAGUGCCUGAUACUCACAUGCCAUCGAAUGGAUCUGCCGCAGUUAAUAGCUACGCAUCUUCCAAUAAAUAUGGCAGCUGAAUAGAAGAAAUUGAGUGCUCC